CCACCUUCUGCAAUUAAAGACAAUUCAGACAAGAAUAUUGAAAAUAAAAAUAAUGAUGAAAUAAUUAAAUCUAUUCCUAAUGGUGACAGCACAGAUAAUGAGACAAAUAAACAACAAAUUGAUGAAAAUUCAAAAAUAAAGGACAAUGAGGAUGUGGAGGAAGUGGUCCAGGGUAAAAUUUCAAUUCCAGGUACUCCAAAGAUGCCCAAAACACCGGACAGUGUCAAGGGAUUUGAUAAUGGUAAAAGAAGAUCACUAACAUCAAGAUCAUCGUCUGAAUCAAAAUCACCAAAAUCGCCAAGAUCACCUGGAGAGAAAAAACACACUUCCUUUGCCGAUAUGAAUGAAAAUGGAGAAAUUGGUUCCGAUGAUUCGAGAACAAAAUCAGGAUACACAACUCCAACUACUCCGAGAAAGAGAAUUUCAUCCGGAAGUCGUUCUCCCUCUAAGGAAAAUAGAAGAUCUCUUUCUGCUCGAGGAUUCAGGCCAGACGCUGAAAACGACAGUGGCGUUGAUGAAUCAACUCAACGUGGAGAGGCACCUACAUUAAAUGGAAUAAGAAGUUCUCCUACAAAAAGAACGUCUUCAAAAUCAAGGGAAAUGGACAAAAAUUCAAUGGCCGGCUCUCCUAUAAAAUCCCCGAGUAAAUCAGCGAAAUCUCUACUAAGGACACCAGAUACAGCUUCAUCGACCAGCAUUCAAGAUAAGAAAAUUCCCAUGAAUAAAGUGCAAGUCGGAGCAGCGCCUUCGCCUAAUUUAAAGACUGUGAAAUCGAAAAUUGGUUCCUUAGCCAAUACCACUUAUAAACCAGGAGGUGGAAAAAUCAAAAUCGAAAAUAGAAAACUGGACUUUAGUAAAGCGCAACCAAAAAUUGCAGCGAAGAACGAUAAAUACGCACCAAGUGGCGGCGAUAAGAAGAUCCAACAAGUGAAACUUCAAUGGAAUGCAAAAUCCAAAAUAGGCUCAUUGGAUAAUACAACUCACAAGCCAGGAGGUGGAGACAAGAAGAUCGAAACAGUGAAGUUAGAUUUUAAGGACAAGGCAAAACCGAAGGUCGGUUCCAAAGACAAUACAAAACACGUACCAGGAGGUGGCACUGUUAAGUCAUUGGAGACACCACCAAAUACUCCUCCUCAGGACACACCGUCUGAAGAUAUCGAAACACAGAAAAUUGAUAUUAAGGCUGAAAGCAAAAUUGGAUCGCUUGAUAAUGUCAAACACAAGCCAGGCGGUGGUGACAAGAAAAUCUUCAAUGACAAAGAUUAUCUCCGACAGACCAGUUCGAAUGCUGAGAGUCUUAAUGGAAGCGGCUCUCAGAGUCCAAUACCGUCCGGCGCGAUCAACAAUGGCAAGAAUGGCCUUCCACCAUCGGACGAAAACCUCAACCAGGAAUGCUAGGUCUUCACUACUUAACUUCAUCGCGUUAACGUUUGACGUUCACACAUCCCGAAGGCUUUUGAAUUCCUUGUCGAGAUCCCUUCGCGCAGGGAUUUUAAAGAGCUGAUUUAAAUCCUGCCAUUUCUGACAUCCCUCGAGGCCAUAGAAAUACAGUUUUUUAUAAUAAAAAAAAAAUACUCGAUGUUAAUAUAAUACUAGAAAAAAAGCUUCUUAAUUUUAAAAAUUCUACUCUUUAAUAUAAUAAAUUAUGAUUUAGAAAAGAAAACGAAUUUCGAAAUUCAUAGAAAUUUUUUUUUCUGUUCUCUAAUCAUAUGAAUCAUUGUGAAAAUCAUUUUUUUUACUAUAUAAAUCAUUUCACAAUAUUGAAUAAAAAUAGAAAAAUAUUUGUACAAAUAAAAUGAAAUGCCUCUUUGGAAGAAUUUAAAAAUUAAUUUUUUUUGAAAUGUAAAAAUUUUGGCCUGUUAGAGUUUUGUCGAAUGGCAGGGUAACUAAACUGAUUGCCCGUCGAGAGGUCACGAGAUCUUUGACAGUGGAGAAUUUGUAACAAAAUUUCUUGAAAUGAUUUAAUUGUACUUUAUAUUUAAUCUCAUUUUAAUUAUUAUUAGAAAAAUAUAAGUUUUAAUAAUAUAAUUAUAAUAAUAUAAUUCUAUAUUAUUUUAUAUUAUCUUAAUAUUACAAUUUAAUUGACAUUUUAUUAAAAUUAAUUCGUAAAAUUGCAUUUAAACAAUAAAAUCAUUUCAGGAAAUAAGAAAAAAAAGAAAACGAAUUUUUUUUCUAUCCAAAAAAAUUGUAAAUUUUCAAAUUCAUUCAAUAUUUGUUCUUUCAACAAAGCAAGAGAAAAAAAAAAGAAUUGUUGCAACAAUGGCUGUGAAAGAAUAAAUUGCAAUUUGUGAAAUUAGGAACAAUUCUUCCAUGAGGGACGAAUUUUAUUUCAAUUAUACUUUUUACGAAAAUGCAUAAAUAAUUCUUUUAAGUAUUUAAAAAGUUUUUUUUCAAUGCAUUUUUAAAAUUUUAUUGCAAAUUCAAAUAUUUCGGUGGAUAGAAAAAAAAUAUUCAUUUUCGAAAAUAUAUUAAGAAUUCCAACAGUGAAGGCGACUUCUGUUAUGCAAUGAUGGAAAAUUUUUAAUGAUGUGAAAAUAAUAAUGUGCUAAUUAAUUUUUGUCUAACGCAUUAACUAUGCACGAAUUUCAUUAUAGUAACACUCGCUCGUAAAUUUGAAAAGAAUAUUAUAAAAACUUGAUUGCAGUUUUCGCUAGCUGUAUUAUAUAAUAUAUUUAAAAUAUAAUGAAAAAUCAAAUGAAAAACAUUUUCCAAUAAUUAUCAACAUCUUUGAAUUUGAAAUCUGAGAAAAUAAAGAAGAUUUGAUAAAUUAAAUUAAUUUCAGUCUGACCAUACAAAAAAAGGGCAAAUUUAAAUCUUAUUAUAUAUAAGGCUUCUUAAUUUGAAUUUGUGACUACAGAAUAUAUCAGAUAUGAAGUAUGUAAAAAAAUACAUGUAUAGAGUUCAAUUUUUAUCCUUUUAAUUCCUUGCACGAGGAAAAAAAAAUAGUAAUUUGAAUUUUAAAUGUAGAAAUAAUUUUCUUUUACUCUACGAUUUUCCGAGUGUCGUGAAAUCACAGUAGUAAAAACAAAAAAAAAGAAGCAAAUCCUCAAAAUUGUUCUCUAUUUGAAAAAAAAGAAAAUGUACUAAUUUUCAAUCAUUUGCUACAAUAUUGUAAUUGUGUAUAUUGAAAAAUAAAGAAAAGAAACAACUGUUAAGUAUUUCACAAGAAUUGACUUAUUUGCAAAAGUUGUCGUUUUUCUUCAUUUCAAAUUUAUUCUACAUUUCAAAGUGUUAAAAAGAAUAUAGAGACUGAGGUAAAUUAAAUAUUUAAAUAUAUAUAAAAAAUAAAUUUCAAUAUUUAAUUAAUUAUUGUUUGAAUUAGAAAUUUAAAAAAGUCUACGUUUAUGUAAAUUAAUAAAAUACUAAAAAAAAUAUGUUCAAUUAAAUAUAAAUAAAAAAUAUGUUUUGAAUUUAAAAUUUAAAAAAACAUACCUAUAUGUAUAUUAAUUGUCGACAUAUAAUUAAUGACAAUUCUCAAUCUAUACUAUUCCGAUAACUGAACUAAAUUAAAAAAAAAAACAACAGAAAAGUUUCAAUAUGCAAAUGAAUAAUAUAGAUUUUCUGCUAACUAUAAUACAUAUUAUAAUAAUACGAUUGAUUGUAACUAUUUAGAUUUUUAUAAAUGUAAAAGUUUAUCUACAUGUAAAGUUAAACAUUUUAAUUUAUUCAAAAAUUUCAUCUUUGCAAACAAAAUAAAAAAAGAAUAAUCAGAAACUAGAAAAUGCGGACCACUAGAAAAAUUCUAUUACGAUAGUCGCCUAUUUUUUUAGAAAAAAAAAAAUUAAUUAAUAACUAAACAUAUUUAAAAUCUUUAAUUAUUAAUUACCCAAAGAAUAUUAUUUAAUUAAUAAAUAUCAGUUACUUAAAAAUAUCGAUUAUUUAAUUAAUAAAAAUUAGUUUGUAAAAUAAAAAAUCUUUUCAAUAAAUUUCCACAUAUAAAUGUAAAUAGAGAAGCAGAUUACAGUUGUCUAAUUUUUAGAUAACAAUAAAUUUCUCGAUUAGAAUUUCUUUUUUUUUUACUUUAAAAUGAAGGAACGAUUGAAGUUUUCAUAAAAAUGAAAAAAAAUAGUUACAAUUGAGAUAACCAUAAAAUGAGAAAAAUAUAGUUAUAAUUUCCAUGAAAUAAAAAAAAAGUUGCAAAAAUGAAAUAAUUAAAAUGAUUAAUUUUAAUUUAGAUCAGUUGGAUUAAUAUAGCAAUUUAGUAAAAGAAGAAAUCAAGUGUUUUUAAAAAUAGAAAUAAUGAUAAAUUAUGGUAUAUCCAUCAUCAAUGUCUCAAUUUAACAGCAAAAAGAAAACUUUCUAUCAAAAUCACGACCGCAAAUUGUAUAACUGAUCAUUCGCAAAAUGUAUCUUCAAAACUUUGCUAUAUAGAAAAUCAUUUUAGCAUAAUAAUAUUUUUCUUUUUAAAUUUA